CGCUGUUAAGUGCGCAUGCGCCGCAGCGUUGCCGUGGAGACGGCGCUAAAAGAGGCGGAGCGGCGCCACCCGUCUGCGCAGGCGCAGUGGCCGUCGGGGAAGCGCUUCUGCGCAUUACGCAUGCGCACGAGACUGCGGGGGGGGGCACAGAGCGCAUGCGCAGACCUCAAGGAGAGCCGUUCCCGUACCGGUGACGCAUGCGCAUAUCGGUUACCGGGUCUUAAAGCGCAUGCGCAGUCGUUCCUUUUCCUGCACCUUUCUUGUACGCAUGCGCAUGGUGUGAAGCACAAGGAGGCGGCGCACGCGCAGUGCUCGAGACGCCGUCGCCGUGGAAACAGCGCAUGCGCAGCCGCGCAAGGCUCGGCGCUUCCUUCAUCUGCGCAUGCCCAGCGCGGCCGCAUGGAGACGGCGCAUGCGCAGCACGCCAGGCGGGCACUUUGUUUCCCGCCCGCGCGUCUUUAUGACGUCAUUUCUCCGCGACGAAGAGGAUUCACCAUGGCGGCGCCCAGCGAGGAGGAACCGGAGGCGGCGGAACGGAGUUGCGUGUCACCCGCCGGGCCCCGCCGCGCCCGGGAGCUGCUGCACAUGAGCGUUCUGUCGCAAAGCCCUUCCCCGUGCGGGCGGUACCUGGCGGCGGGGAACAACUACGGCGAAGUGGCGCUUUUCGGGCUGGCGGCCGCGCUCGGGGCCGGGGCCACCGAGGAGAGCAAGAAGCCGCUGCUCUGCUUCCGGGCGCACCGGGGCCCUGUGUACGCGUUGGCGUGUGGGGAGCGGCAGCUGCUGAGCGCCAGCGACGGGGAAGUGCGCGCCUGGAACUGGGCCGACCUGGCCAAGAAGGGCUGCAAAGAGGUGUGGACCAGGAGACCCCCGUGCAG